AGAACCAGAUUGGUGCAAUGCUACUUGGGACCAAAUUCUCUGUUGGCCGCCCACUCCGCCCAACACCAACGUCUUGUUGCCAUGUCCGCCCAUCAAGGGCGUCGAUCCAUUACAAAUGGCUCAUCGUCGCUGUGGUCCCAACGGGAUUUGGGUGGGUCACACCUCCGUCGUCGGCGAGGCUUUGGAAGAUCCUGUCAACAGAGGCUGGACUAAUUACACGAUGUGCUUCGUCCCCGAAGUGAAGGAGUUCUUGGACAAAUUGCACUCCAGGUCGGAGGAGGAUGCCAAGUUGAAACUACACGUGGCAGCCACAGGUCGCAUUAUCGAAAUGGUCGGCUUAAGUGUAUCUCUCACCACGAUCAUGACGUCUUUAUUUAUCUUCACAGUUUUCCGGUCCCUUCGUAACAACCGCACGAGAAUCCACUGGCACCCUCAUGUCGAUGAAGAUCCAGCUGGUGUUCCAACUGCACGACAUCCUCUGGAAGCCGUUCCAGAGUCCAGCGGUGUGAGGUAUAAAGGUCUCCUGGAACUGAGAAAUUCCACAGCGUCAUGUUCAUUAGCGAAGGAGAUAAUCGAGUUUCGUUAA